AUGAGCACAGCGCAACUCCAGAUUGCGGGUGCCGAACGAAACAUGGAUCAAACCGAACUCCAAGAUCGCGCAGUGGAGCAUCCCAACACCUCAGUACUACCGGCAACCAUGACGGAGUUGAAAGCCCCAAUCGCAGAGCUGCAGCUCCUUUACAUGUCUGCCUCCCCGCCUACUACGUUCCACGAUUGGUCGCGUCUUCCAGUGGAGUUGAAGUUGGAAGUCUUGGCUCAUCACCUUACCUUCAACGAGAAGAUUGACCGACAAUUUCAUCCUGGAGUUCUUUCGAAUCAGCUCGGACACAUCAUCGGCACGAAGAAUCGAGAACUUGUUACUAUGGCUCUUGGAACGUAUGAGUUGAACUAUGCAUUGCAGGUUCUGUUAUACCCGAAGCGGUCAAUGGCCAGAGACAGGCAAUCAGUUGGCCACAUUAUCACGAAUUCCGACAAGCGCACAGAAUGGGGAGCUUCUUUUCAGAACCUACAAACCUUGAAGAUCACAUUCGUAGUCUAUAGACCCUUCUCAAAGCUGAAUCACUUCUCUCCCCACAGCUGUCUUACGCCUGAUCGUACGGAUGAAAUACUUGCCUGGCUUUCAAAAUCCGAGAUUCAUCUCAAGGCGAGAACAGUGAAAACCCAUAUAAUUGUGGGAAGUAAUGGGUUCACCAUAUCUAACUGCAUCUGCCUGAAGCCCAUCGAGGACCUCAUUACGCUGAUGGCGACGAAGCCGAAGUAAGGGAGUAGCACACAGACGGAAAAGGACUUGGAUCGAACUUGAGAAGAAGGGAUUGGUCGAAACAGCGAACUUGAAACUAU